AUGGGGCUGCCCCAGCCAGGGCUAUGGCUGAAGAGGCUCUGGAUAUUCUUGAAGGUGGCCCUGCAUGUGGCCAUGGGCAAAGUGUUACUGAUACUGUUCCCCGGGAGAGUCAAGAAGAACAUCCUGGCCCAAAACCCCCACUUUGCCUAUGACAUGUGGGGCUCAACCCUCUUCAGCAUCCCGUACUUCUGGUUCAUCCUGAAGGUCUAUUGGCAGCGACUAGAAGACAAGACUGAGGAAGGGGGUCCAGCCCCAGAUUGCCCGGUGGUCUGCCUCUCAGGCCAAAGGUGCAACAUUUCGGACUUCAUGCAAGGCAUCAGACCACUGGUGCUGAAUUUUGGAAGCUGCACCUGACCUUCAUUUCUUUCCAAACUUGACCAGUUCAAGAGACUUGUGGAAGACUUUAGUUCCAUGGCAGAUUUUCUCAUAAUUUACAUUGAGGAAGCACAUGCAACAGAUGGCUGGGCUUUUAAGAACAACGUGGCCAUUAGGAAUCACCGGAACCUCCAGGACCGCCUGCAGGCGGCUCACCUACUGCUAGACAGAAGCCCCCAGUGCCCUGUGGUGGUGGACACGAUGCAGAACGUGAGCAGCCAGCUCUAUGCGGCACUGCCAGAGAGGCUCUACGUGCUCCAGGAGGGAAGGAUCCUUUACAAGGGUAAACCUGGUCCUUGGAAUUACCAUCCAGAGGAAGUACGUGCUGUUCUGGAAAAGCUCAACAGUUAAUCUGGACAAUCCUCCAGUUCUGUGUGACCAACAGGAGGAAUCCUCAAGGCUUGGCUCUCCCCAUCCUGCUGACUGGCCCCUGUUCAUCUAUGUGCACGGCUAAAUCACCAGCUCAGAUUAUUCUGGUUUAAGCAAAUUGCUCUCAGUUAGGGGGUGCAGGUAAUAGCAUUCAAUCAGGACUGAGUUUGUUAUAAUGAGAAAAUGAAUCAGCACUUGAGUUGUUCCGGCCAGUUAAAGAAUGUACAACUCUACACUGUUCUACUGUGGAGACCACACUCAUUGUAUGAUGUCUUAGAGUGAGAAUGCAGUCAUAAUGAAUGGAAGUACUUCUGAGGUGUGUGCUCUCUCGCCUGCCACUCUGAUACCAAGUGGUUAAAUAUGCUAUCCUUUUUAUUAGGUAAAUUCUCGUUACCAAAUUUGGCAUUUAUAGAAUUGAUAAUUUAAGACAUUAAAUUGGUUUUCAGAACUAAACACAGGAAGAACUCCAGUUGUUUAAGGAGUGAUGAGGAACUGGAAGAGGAGGAGGCAGGAAUGGGAGGAGACAGUGGAGAUGGUAAUCCUUUCAUGGCUGAAUGAUUUAAACCAGCCAAUGGUAGUGGUGGUGGGGGUGAGUUUCCAUGGUAACAAAUCUCCAAUUCUAUCAUGGAAGGAAAGGACACACUUUACCGUGUAGAAAAUAUUUCAUAGAAAUCUGGCUCUCUUUACCCUGGGAUCCUCCACUAGCCUCGCUUACAAACAGAUUCACUGAGAAGGGAGGACUGAAUUCCCCAAAUCAUUACGGCCUUGACCAAACCAGGCAACAGGCAGAAGUUGUCAUUCAGUUAUGCAGUAGCUCAUGUUUAGAACUGUUUCUCUGAUUUCUUUGCAAGUCUCCUAA